AUGCUCAGUGCGAAGUUGGAUCUUAAAGAUAGGAAAAAUUUCACAGUCAUCUCAGACAAACAGUCGGGUUUAGUGAAAGCAAUCCAAACAGUCAUUCCAGAAACUGAGCAUAGGCAGUGUUCUAGGCACAUCAUGGACAACUGGAAGAGAAACAACCAUGACAUGGAGCUGCAGAGACUCUUCUGGAAGAUAGCUAGGAGCUACACGGUAGGAGAAUUCAAUGGAUAUAUGCUGGAGCUGAAGAAUUACAAUCCAAGUGCCUAUGAGUCUCUACUGAAGACUAAUCCCAGGUCAUGGUCUAGAGCAUUCUUUAAGAUUGGAAGUUGCUGCAAUGACAACUUGAACAACCUUAGUGAGUCUUUCAAUAGGACAAUCCGCCAAGCGAGAAGGAAACCAUUACUAGAGAUGUUGGAAGAUAUUAGAAGGCAGUGUAUGGUGCGCAAUGCCAAAAGAUAUAUAGUCGUUGGUAGAUUGAAGACUCGAAUCACAAAGAGAGCUCAUGCUGAGAUAGGGAAGAAUAUUGCUGGGGCACAGGCUUGUGAAAGAUGGAUGUGGCAAAUGACAAGGAUACCAUGUGCUCAUGUUGCAUCUGUCAUCAUAGGGAAGAAAGAGAAAGUUGAAGAUUAUGUUGUGGACUAG